AUGGACGAAAAUAUAUCAGAUGAAACCGUGGUAGAACAUCUCGAAAUCAUACGGAAACGGAGUUCCAAGGAUAAAUAUCGGCCACUUCCCGUCCCGAGGGCCACUAGCCAUGGCAUACCACUUUCUAAGCAAGGAUCUAGCCAUUUGUUUCAACUCGGAGAUCACCUUACCAGCCAUUCAAAUUCGCCAUGGCGAUCGGAGGAGCCCGAAUCUGUGACACCCUUACCUGUGAUUCCGGAUGAUGUUGAGUUGGACAUCGACGACGCUGCGCUCUGGAGUACUGCCAGAAAGGCUUUGCUUUGCAUCCGAGAAAUCGUCGGGACGGAGAAAAAAUACCAAGGAGCCCUCAAGAUGCUCCAGACGGGACAGACAGCGAAUCAACCACCUUCACUGUUGUUGACAUACCUUCCUGACCUCAUACGAGCAUCAGAGGCGUUGUUGAAGGCCUUCCUCUAUGACCCCUCUGCUUGGGGUGUAUCCACCGCCUUCAUGGCUUGCGAAGAUGAUAUUGAAGCUGCUAUGGUUUCGUGGUGCAGCGUGGUAGGCACCUUCUUUACUAAUAGUCCCAGACACGAAAGCGAGUCUGCCAUCACGGGAGGGAAAUGGCGUCUGCGCAAGUCUCUGCUCUCCGGCACAAACAAUCCUCUCGCUACUGUGGUGGAGAAGUCGAGUGGAAGAUCUUCUCCCGCUAGUUCCUCUCCUCCCCCUCUCCUCACUUUAAUGAGUGAGGCAGGGAAGCAUCCGGCUCGAAGGCAAAGUGUUCGGGAUCUUGCAAUUCAACCCAUACAGCGAGUCACGAGAUAUGUUUUGCUGUAUCGAGAUCUCUUGGAGAGUACUCCUGUCACCUCUCCUUCCCGCGCUCUUGUUGAGAGGGCACUCGAAGCUGCGACCCGCAUUGCUAAUAAGUGCGACCACGCACAAGACAAUACUGCCUUUUUCCAUGCAUAG